GAGUUACCAUGUGACAUGAUCAUGAAGGCUAUUCUCCACAACUCCACAGACUUCAUCCUCAUGGGCCUCAUCACCUGUCCCGCCUUCCCUGGGAUUAUCUUUGCAGCAGUCUUCUCCAUCUUUGUGGUGGCUGUCACAGCCAAUGUGGUCAUGAUUCUGCUCAUCCGUAUGGACUCCCGCCUCCACACACCCAUGUACUUCUUGCUCAGCCAGCUCUCCAUCAUGGACACUGUCUAUAUCUGCAUCACUGUCCCCAAAAUGCUCCAGGACAUCCUGUCCAAGGAGAAGACCAUUUCCUUCCUGGGCUGUGCAUUGCAGAUCUUCCUCUACUUGACCUUGAUUGGAGGGGAAUUCUUCCUUCUGGGACUCAUGGCUUAUGACCGGUACGUGGCUGUGUGCAACCCUCUACGGUACUCUCUCCUCAUGAACCGUAGGGUUUGCCUGUUCAUGGUGGUGGGCUCCUGGGUUGGUGGCUCCUUGGAUGGAUUCAUGCUUACUCCUGUCACUAUGAGUUUCCCCUACUGUGGGUCCCGAGAAAUCAAUCACUUUUUCUGUGAGAUCCCAGCCGUGCUAAGGUUGUCAUGUUCAGACACGUCCCUCUAUGAGACCUUGAUGUACGCUUGCUGUGUGCUGAUGUUGCUCAUUCCAAUAUCCAUCAUCUCUGUCUCCUACACACACAUCCUCCUCACUGUCCACAGGAUGAACUCUGCUGAGGGCCGGCGCAAAGCCUUUGCUACCUGUUCCUCCCAUAUUAUGGUGGUAAGCAUUUUCUAUGGGGCUGCCUUCUAUACCAACGUGCUGCCCCACUCCUAUCACACGCCAGAAAAAGAUAAAAUUGUGUCUGCCUUCUACACCAUCCUCACUCCCAUGCUCAACCCUAUUAUCUACAGCUUGAGGAAUAAAGAUGUGGCUGCGGCUCUGAGGAAAGCACUGGAGAGAUGCAUUUCCUUCCAAAGAAUUACAGUGGGCAAUGCGUCUAGGAAAUAUUAG